AUGGUAUUACACAGAAUCCGACUUGUACCACCCCUGUGGUCUCAACAGAAAUCAGUGCUAAUCAAUAACUUUGUGAAUGAGCUUAGAUCUGAUCUGAUGGAAGAGCCCUGGAAUGUUCCUGGAGAUAGAUCCUUCAGCCAGCUCUGGAGCAUAGGCACGUGUAUGGCUGGUAUGUUCAGGGACACCUUCAAAUGUGAACUUGGAACCUUUCCAGGUAUAUUUGCUUACUUAAACUACCAUGUUCCUCGAACAAGACGAGAAAUCUUGGAGACCCUAAUCAAAGGCCUUCAGAGACUGGAGUACAGAGGAUAUGAUUCUGCUGGUGUGGGCUUUGAUGGAGGUAAUGACAAAGAUUGGGAAGCCAAUGCUUGCAAAAUCCAGCUCAUUAAGAAGAAAGGAAAAGUGAAGGCACUGGAUGAAGAAGUUCACAAACAACAAGAUAUGGAUUUGGAUAUAGAAUUUGAUGUACACCUUGGAAUAGCUCAUACCCGUUGGGCAACACAUGGAGAACCCAAUCCAGUCAACAGUCAUCCCCAGCGCUCUGAUAAAAAUAACGAAUUUAUUGUUAUUCAUAAUGGAAUCAUCACCAACUACAAAGACUUGAAAAAAUUUUUGGAAAGCAAAGGCUAUGAUUUUGAAUCUGAGACAGACACAGAGACAAUUGCCAAGCUCGUUAAGUAUAUGUAUGACAACCGGGAAAGUCAAGAUACCAGUUUUACUACCUUGGUGGAAAGAGUUAUCCAACAAUUGGAAGGUGCUUUUGCACUUGUAUUUAAAAGUGUUCAUUUUCCUGGGCAAGCAGUUGGCACAAGACGAGGUAGCCCUCUGUUGAUUGGUGUACGUAGUGAACAUAAGCUUUCUACUGAUCACAUUCCGAUACUCUACAGAACAGGCAAAGACAAGAAGGGAAGCUGCAACCUCUCCCGUGUGGACAGCACAACUUGCCUUUUCCCUGUUGAAGAAAAAGCAGUAGAAUAUUACUUUGCUUCUGAUGCAAGUGCUGUCAUAGAGCACACCAAUCGUGUCAUCUUUCUAGAAGAUGAUGAUGUUGCAGCGGUGGUGGAUGGCCGUCUUUCCAUCCAUCGAAUUAAGCGAACUGCUGGAGAUCACCCUGGACGAGCUGUGCAAACCCUCCAGAUGGAACUCCAGCAGAUCAUGAAAGGCAACUUCAGUUCAUUUAUGCAGAAGGAAAUUUUUGAGCAACCAGAAUCUGUUGUGAACACAAUGAGAGGAAGAGUCAACUUUGAUGACUACACUGUGAAUCUAGGUGGCUUGAAGGAUCACAUUAAGGAGAUCCAGAGAUGUCGGCGUUUGAUUCUUAUUGCUUGUGGAACAAGUUAUCAUGCCGGUGUAGCAACACGGCAAGUUCUGGAGGAACUGACUGAGCUGCCUGUGAUGGUGGAACUAGCCAGUGACUUCCUGGAUAGAAACACACCAGUUUUUCGAGAUGAUGUUUGCUUUUUCAUUAGUCAGUCAGGUGAAACAGCAGAUACUCUGAUGGGUCUUCGCUACUGUAAGGAGAGAGGAGCUUUAACUGUGGGGAUCACAAAUACAGUCGGCAGUUCUAUAUCACGGGAGACAGAUUGCGGAGUUCACAUUAAUGCUGGUCCUGAGAUUGGGGUGGCCAGUACGAAGGCUUACACCAGCCAAUUUGUGUCCCUUGUGAUGUUUGCUCUUAUGAUGUGUGAUGACAGGAUCUCCAUGCAAGAACGACGCAAAGAGAUUAUGCUUGGAUUGAAACGGCUGCCAGAUUUGAUUAAGGAAGUACUGAGCAUGGAUGAUGAAAUCCAGAAACUGGCAACAGAACUUUAUCAUCAGAAGUCGGUCCUGAUAAUGGGGCGGGGCUACCAUUACGCUACUUGUCUUGAAGGAGCUCUGAAAAUCAAAGAGAUUACUUACAUGCACUCUGAAGGCAUCCUCGCUGGUGAGUUGAAGCACGGCCCUCUGGCUUUGGUGGAUAAGCUGAUGCCUGUCAUCAUGAUCAUCAUGAGAGACCACACUUACGCCAAGUGUCAGAAUGCCUUCCAGCAGGUGGUUGCUCGGCAGGGACGCCCUGUGGUGAUUUGUGACAAGGAGGACACAGAGACCAUUAAGAACACAAAAAGAACGAUCAAGGUGCCCCACUCAGUGGACUGCUUGCAGGGCAUUCUGAGCGUGAUCCCCCUACAGCUGCUGGCUUUCCACCUGGCUGUACUGAGAGGCUAUGAUGUUGAUUUCCCACGAAAUCUUGCCAAAUCUGUAACUGUAGAAUGAAGAGCAUCCAAAACUCUGGAUGAUUAAGCAACACAAGACAUCUUUUGUAUUUAAAACUUUGAUUUAAAAUAUCACUCCUUGAAGCCUUUUUUAGUAAAUCCUUAUUUAUAUAUCAGUUAUAAUUAUUCCACAUAAUUUGUGAUUUUUGUGAAGUUACCUCUUAUAUUUUUCCAGUAAUUUGUGGGGGAGUUUGAAUAAUUGAAUCUGUAUCAGAAUGAUUUUAGCUGUCAUUUUCUUUAAAGAAUGCUGGGUGUUAAAUUUCUGGCCCCUCCACUUCAAUCUGAGAGGAUUAUAUGUUAUAAAAAUUAAUUGGCAUUUGUGUUACCAUGUUUCUAUUCAUUCAGACCAAUGAAAGAGUAGUGCAUAUAAUUCAGACAUUUAAAACCAUUAGCGACGUAUGCUAAUACCUGGAAUUUAUUGAAGGUUUCGCUAGGUUAUAUAUAAAGAGAUCUGUGACUUAUUUUGAAACUCGUUCCUAUUUUGUUUUU